UUCAGUGGUGAAGAUAAAAAAGUCAAACGAGCUCUUAAUCGAGACAACACAUUUUGAACGUAUGUUGGCUGUAUUUAGAACUUUUUAUUAAUCGAAAUAAGGAUCGAACUGAUACAUACAUCAAUAUGUGAAAGAAAGAAUACGAAUUAAUUUUGUCUGAAAUGAUUGUUUCACUUUGAGUCAAUAUUCCCGUUCAAUCGAGACGUGUUGUUGACGAUAUCGAUUUGGUGCACGAACCAGUAAUGAUGGAAAGGAACGAUAGCUCAGCUGCGAUGUCUUCGUUGGCUAUGUAUGGAAGGGCUGACGAAGAAAAUUCUGAUGACGACCAAGACAAGCUGAAUUCUCCAUCCAUAUCUGCGAUUGAUAAUAUUUCGGAUGAAGAGACUGAGUUACCAAGUUCACGACCAUCUUCCAGGACCGUUUUAGAUGAGGACUACAACUCUGGAUCCAGUGCAACGUUACCAGAUAAAGAACUGACGAAGAAGCCCCUUAAAAGAAAGCCUACAAGAUUAGUUUCCUAUGGUAAGGAUGAUCUUGAAUCUGAUGAGGAAGAAAAAUCUGACGAAGAGGAAGGGGAACAAGAUGACCUCAUGUCAAAUGAACAUGUUCUGAAUUCAUCUUUAAACCCAGAACAAGCAUCUCUGUUAUCAAGAAGUGUGUUGAACAAAGCAGCAGAUGAAAUAGAAAUACCGCCAGAACCUACAGGAAAAUGUUCCCGUCACUUACAGGAAAAGAUUGCUAAAUUGUAUGAGAAGAUGCGAAGGGAUGGACUCAAUAUGGUGGCAUCCAUAGAAAGAAGAAAAGACUUCCGAAAUCCCAGUAUAUGUGAGAAACUUAUAGAAUAUUGUGGCAUAGAUGAGAAGGGCACCAACUAUCCUCCGGAAAUUUUUGAUCCACACAGAUGGGGUAAAGAAUCAUUCUAUGAUGCCUUAGAUAAAGCUCAGACAAUUGAAGUAAAUAAGAGAGAGAAAGAGAAGAAGGACAAGACAAAGAUUGAGUUUGUGGUUGGUACAAAAAAGAUAUCAUCAGAAGGACCAUCAGAUGAGAAGAGGAGAAAGAGUAAAUGGGAUGCCCAGCCCAGUGUCAUCAACAUCCCUGGGAUGAUCAAUCCUGCCGUGAUAAAUCUGACUGCCACAGGGACAAAAUCAACGGUCAUCCCUGCCCAUGGCAGUAUAACAAAGAAAUCGUCAAAGUGACCACCUCUUUAAGAAUGUCAAUGGUCAGCAGUAUAAACGAUGUUUAUGUGAGACUUCAAACUGACCCCUUCUUGAAAAAAAAGUUAGUGGUCAGCAAGACCUAUUAAUGUGAAAGUUUUUAGUGACGCUGGUCAGUCACAGCUGAUUAGAGCUGUCUGAUGAAAGACAUAACUAGAAGGGAAAAUGCUGGUUUGGUGAUUUUUUUUGCCAGCUAUUAUUGAGUUAACAGGUCAAGUUAAUUAAGAACCAAGCAAUACUGCCUACAGACUGUUGAUCACAAAACUUACUGACACUGCUGUAGUCUCAUGAAGCAUGGCUGAGUGAGUGACACCAGGUCUGCUGUGUUGUGUAGAUCCCUCUUCAUUGGAAUGCCUUACAAUCUAGAACAUUGUGUACAUACAUAUAUGAUUGUAUAGAUAAUGAUGCCAUUUUUGGGAUAAUUGAAAAUGCACAGGUCAGGAUAUAGUCACAUACUUGAGGAAUUGUAAUCAUCAGUUUGGAAGCUGAAGAAUCCACAACUGUUACUGUGGAAGCUGAUGGUCAUCAUAACAUUGCCUAUUUAUAAGUCCUGCAGCCAGUCUUUAGUAGGUUUAUACCAUGUCAAGUCAAAUGUGUGGCCAGUAAUAUACACAAGUAUUACAAUCUCAAAACAAAAAUGGUAUUUUUGUAUUUUUUAGCCAUAUACACAUUUCACUUUCUUACAAGAACUAUAAUACAGUGCACUUUUAACUGCCAGUCAUGUGAUGUUUAGUGAGUAAGGUUAACACCAUGAUAUUAACUUUUGGGCAGAACUACACUAUAAAUAUAAAAUUAUACUGUUGACUAAAACAUACACCUACAUAUAGAAUUAUGUAUUUAGUUUCACUGUGUCAUCAUAGCUUGUUCAUACAUGUACAUUUAAAUAACAUUUUAUUCCACUGAUACUCGUUAUGCUGACAGAUACUUCUUCAUCUGUUAACUUCCAUUGUUUUCAAAAAUAUCCUGAAGAAGUGAAACCUUGACAUUUAUCAUUUAGAUAAUGAUCUUCCCCAAUCUGUUGCCAUGUGUUAUAGUCUCAGUAUAUCAUUGUAGGUGACAUAUAACUUCACUCAGAAACUUGGUAUACCUCCUUGCAACAAAGUUAGGAAUGAGAUAGAUUCUUGUUCUAACAGCUCCUAUGGUUUUCAUCUGAAUUAAAUAAACUCCACCAAUUUUGUCAUCACACUUGAAAGUUGCGAACUUUUGCUUCUUGAUCUGCGUAUUAUGGAAGUGAAUACCAUUUUUUUAUUUCCAUUUAAUAUUUUGUCCAAAAUAUUACCAGUUUCCUUUGUGAAUGACAUUUUUUGAAACUUGGUACACAUUAUUGGUAACUUAUGUUCCUUACUGUGGUAUCUUAUAUAUUGGAGAGACAUUAGUUUGUAGCUUCACAUGGUAAGCACACCAUAACUAGUGCUUAACUUCCACUAUGAUCAGAACGUCAUUACUUACAAUGUGGAUAUUUGCAAUUAAAUAUUUUCACUAUCGUG